AGCUGUGGAGAACAUCCCGUAGAGGAGAUGGCGAUGCCCGCAACCUUCAAAACUUUUCUUUCCCGCAUGGAUCCGCUCGGAGAGCCGUGAAAAUCCCAGGAAUGUUGAUUUGGAUCUUUCUUAGGAAGGAGUGAUUAUCAAUAAUAGAAGCUAAAAGAACCUGAAUCAAGUCUGGACAGCUCCCUCUCAGGAGGGCGCAGCUGAGUCGGGAUGCGUGUUCUUCACCCACCAGGGCUGUGAUGGACUUUCCUGGUGGAGGUCAGCCCAAGACAAACGCCACACAGCUAAAUCUGGAUUAGCCGGCCCGAACGUGUCUCAAUGCUCCUACACGUUCUAAGAUGAAGUUAUGGAAAAGUGCUACUUUUGCCUUCAUGCUCUGUGGCGCCGCCCUGUCUAUCAUCCUCAUUAGAAACAUGGCCCCCACCACCGCCGGUCCCCCAAAACCAAAGACCAAACACCAAACUUCCUCUUCCUGGUCAUACUCACAGCAUCCUUCAUCUUUAAGAUCAUCAUCCCUCUCGCGGACAGCGACCUGGACUGGGGGUCUUCAUCGGAGGACACGCUCAACAGACAACAUGAACUCCCUACUUUCAGAGUUGUCCAUGAUGUUCCAGAGCUUCACAGAUGGCGAGCUUCAGCAUGUGGUGGGGACUUUACUGGACAGGAAGAGGCGGAAAAGCCAUGAUCAAAGCCAGACCCGAAGGACUAAAAGAGCCCGGCGGGCUAAGCCUUGCUCGGUGAGGGAGCUGGAGCUGACGGUGAGCGAGCUGGGCCUUGGCUAUGAUAGCGACGAGACGGUGAUGCUGCGAUAUUGCAGUGGUAAAUGCACGGCACAGAGGCGCAACUACGACAUCACGAUGGAGCACAUGAUGCGGACAGGCUUCCGGAAGAAGGGACGUAAGGACAAGGUCGGCAACGGCCCCUGCUGCCGGCCCAUCGCCUUCGAGAAGGACUUUUCAUUCCUGGACAACCGAAGCCGCUACCACACCAUACAGAACAUUUCAGCUAAGAACUGUGGUUGUGUAUGACCCCGCCUGGGAGAAAAAAAAAUACUCGAUUAUGCUGCUCUAAGCUCCUUCAACAUGGAAAACUGUGGAAUACAAACUCAAGAUCAGGAAUACAUUCAGAAGGAUACAAACAACAGACACGGGCAGGAAAUAACUAUAAUGCAUUUUUGUAUGUUCUUUUCUAUCUGCGUAGUAACACUGUAUAAAUAUGGUGUCACAACUAAGUAGUGUCAUUACACGUGCAAUGUGUUGUCGUAGUACCGUGUAACUGUGACUAAUGGUGAGUCACAGCCCAAGUAGUCUCAUAAUGUCACGACAACUCGCGCUCUGACCGCAGCCCAAAUAUCUUUGGCAACAUUUUUGACCCCAAGCAGGAGGAGAACUGGCGGCAAAUUCAGGCUAAACAUAGUGUAUAGCACAUUGAAAAGAUCCACGAGAGAAUAUUAGACUACGGAUUGCUUAUUUAGCAAAAAUCAAUCAUAACCACGUCCCUAAUUCAUAUUUCAAUCCAAACUCUAAAACCUGUCGUAAUACCUGUCCGAUACCAUUGCAAACCACAGACCCUAACAAUAAAAACGUAAUGCCAGCCAAAGUCAAAUUAGUGCUCAGACCUCUAACUUAGUGCCUCUCAAAUAUUUUCCGAUACACCUCCACUAUGAAAAGAUACAUUCACAUGUUAUUACAAUUAUUAAAACUAUUCAGCGUUUUUU